UGGGAGGGAACAUGGUUUAUCCCUGCGGGUUGUGGGAAUGAAUGACAGUCCGUUCUGGUUAGCUGUCCUUUAUUCUUACGUAUACUGUGCUUGUUGUGUUGCUACGGUAGCUAGCUAGGAUAUAAAGGAAUACGUUAAUUUUAACAGAGGACAUAACAAGGUUACAAUAACCAUGUCUAAAGACGCCGAACGGAUGAGCAAGAAGAUAAUGGAUUCGAAGGUAUUAUGGUAUCCAGACUCGAAGAAGAACACACAGAUGGACAGAUUCAGGACACAGGUGAACCGAGACUUCGGGCUUAAUCUGGCCGACUACAAUGGCCUGUACCAAUGGUCUGUGGAGAGCUACCCGGAGUUCUGGGCAGAAGUGUGGCGUUUCUGCGGAGUCGUGUGUUCCAGGAUGUAUGAGGAGGUGGUGGAUGUUUCCAAGAGGAUAUCAGAUGUUCCAGAGUGGUUCAAAGGAAGCCGUAUGAACUAUGCCGAAAACCUGCUGAAGCACAAAGACCAGGACAAAGUGGCUCUCUAUGCAGCUACGGAGGCAAAUGACGAGAUCACCAAGGUGACGUUCAGGGAGCUAAGGCGCGAUGUGGCGCUGUUUGCUGCUGCCAUGAGGAAGAUGGGCAUCAAGACAGGCGACAGAGUUGUGGGCUAUCUGCCCAAUGGGAUCCAUGCCGUGGAGGCCAUGUUAGCUGCGGCCAGCAUCGGGGCCAUCUGGUCAUCCACCUCUGUGGACUUUGGAGUCAAUGGUGUGUUGGACAGGUUCUCUCAGAUCCAGCCCAAACUGAUCUUCUCUGUGGCAGCAGUGGUUUACAACGGAAGACAGCACGACCACAUGGAGAAACUACACAGUGUGGUCAAAGGACUGCCUGACCUACAGAAGGUGGUAGUCAUUCCCUAUGUACGGAGAAGACAGGACACUGACCUUUCCAAUCUUCCUAAUAGUGUGUUUUUGGAGGACUUCCUGGCCACAGGGAGGGAGGGGGAGCAGGCCCCCCAGCUGGAGUUUGAGCAGCUGCCAUUCUCUCACCCCCUGUUCAUCAUGUACUCCUCCGGGACCACCGGAGCCCCCAAGUGUAUGGUCCAUUCUGCAGGGGGGACGCUUAUCCAGCAUCUAAAGGAGCACAUUCUCCAUGGCAACAUGACCAGCAGUGACGUCAUCAUCUACUACACCACGACGGGCUGGAUGAUGUGGAACUGGCUGGUGACGUCGCUGGCCGUGGGGGCAUCUGUGGUGCUGUACGACGGAUCGCCUCUCAUGCCCACACCGAACGUCCUCUGGGAUCUUGUGGACCAACUGGGUAUCACUAUUUUUGGGACCGGGGCGAAAUGGCUGUCUGUUUUGGAGGAGAAGGAUCUAAAGCCUGCCAACACCCACAACCUGCAGACUCUCCACACCAUCCUGUCCACUGGUUCUCCCCUGAAGCCCCAGAGCUACGACUACGUCUACAGCUGCAUCAAGAGCAACGUGCUGCUGGGAUCCAUCUCGGGGGGGACCGACAUCGUGUCUUGCUUCAUGGGCCAGAACGUGACGGUGCCUGUUUCCAGGGGGGAGAUCCAGGCCCGGAACCUCGGCAUGGCCGUGGAAGCCUGGAGCUGUGAUGGAAAGCCUGUGUGGGGGGAGAGUGGAGAGCUGGUCUGUCUGAAGCCAAUUCCCUGUCAACCCACCCACUUCUGGAAUGACGAGAAUGGAAGCAAGUACCACAAGGCUUACUUCUCCUCCUUCCCAGGUGUCUGGGCACAUGGUGAUUACUGCCAGAUAAACCCACAGACGGGGGGAAUAGUGAUGCUAGGCAGAAGUGAUGGAACUUUAAACCCCAACGGAGUGCGCUUUGGGAGCUCUGAGAUCUACAACAUUGUGGAGGCUUUUGAAGAGGUGUCUGACAGCCUCUGCGUUCCCCAGUACAAUGGGGAUGGGGAGGAAAGAGUCAUUCUGUUCCUCAAGAUGGCACCCAACCAGUCCUUCAGCUCAGAGCUGGUGCAGAAAAUCCGUGGGGCCAUCAGGAAAGCCCUCUCGGCUCGCCACGUCCCGGCACUUCUACUAGAGACCAAAGACAUUCCGUACACUCUCAGUGGUAAGAAAGUGGAGGUGGCGGUGAAGCAGGUGAUUGCAGGGAGGGAAGUGAGCCAGCGAGGGGCUUUCUCCAACCCUGACUCCUUGGACCUUUACAAGAACCUGCCGGAGCUUCAGAACUUUUGAGUACAUCCACAGGACACGACAGGGGAGAAGGAACAGAACUGCAGCGUUUCCCCCGAGACUCUUAAACUGUUGUACACUGAAGAGAGGAGGAGCUUGGUGUUUCGGGUUGCCGGUUACUGGAUGUUGUCCCUGGCUUCUCCCCCACCUUUACUGACCUCACAUGGCCAUUGGCUCCGUCUGGGUUUAAAGUAGAUUAGAAAUAAUAUAGAAUCCAUAAAAAUACAACAUUCUUAAUUGACAUCUUUCCUAUUGCCCUUUCAGGAAAUGCCUUUGUUUUGACUAGUGUGAAUGUAGGCACAUCCUCAUACUGGGACUGGAGAUGUUCCUGUCAUGUGGUAGUAGUCUCUUUCAUCCUGUCAGGCUUGUACGCUGUGGCUUAGCUCAUUACGAUGAAGCCUAUGAGGUGAGCCAGACGGCACCUGCCUUUAGGGCCCAGUUUUCAAAGAAACAUUGCCUUUUUCCACUUCUGUUGACAUGAAGGAAUGUGGGGUUGAAACUGUAUCAUUCUGAACUUUGACACUGAGUGCAGAAAUAUUUAUCUAAAUUUAAAUUCCUUGGGUACUUUUUUGUUAAACAUAUCCAGCUAGUCAAUCCUUAAAACCAAGCUAAAACAGUCCCCCGUCAUAUUCCUUUUAACACCAAUUCUCACACGCACGCACGCACAAACACGUCAUUAUGUUUGUUGCCGAGAGUGUCCAGUUUCUGUUUUCUUGCCCGUGUUCUUCGCAGCGCCUCAGUGGGUGGAAGAGAGACCCUCUUCGCCGACAAAGCUACUGGGCAACAACACAGCAGACUAUCAAGCCCCAUUGCGUUUUUAUCACAAUUUCAUGUUAUUGUGGAAGUCAUGUAAUGUGAAAAGGCUGGCAUUAUAAUCAUUAGUUUUCCUCAUGGACACUAUAAUACUGUAGUCUUUGGCACUGAGAUGCCAACUUAUUAUUCUUGUUUUGUGUGGGCGCUUGUGGGCGCUUGCGUGCGUGCAUAUACAUCAGUCUUCAGGGCCUCCUUGUGAUGAACCAUGAAAUCACCUCAGUCGACCGAACACACGAGAGCCGGGACUCAACCGUGCAAUGCGGCUCACGUCCAGGAGGUCCGAUCAAACCUCCCCCGGACACACCAGGUGUCCCCCCAAUGGUCAAAUGCACCAGCAGGUGAAUAGGGUACCAUUUGGGGAGGAGUCCCUGGUCUAAUUUCAACCAAUCACAGGAGGGGAGACGCGUCUCUCUAGCGAUAUCUCUAAUCUAUCCGGACCAGAGAGACCAUUGAGAGCGCUUAGUGCUACGCAGGCUAAUUGCCUCCCUCAUAGUGCAGUAGCCCAGGGUUAGGGUUGGGGCUAACCCUAACCCGUAGUCUGGACUGAAGCCGUCUGCUAACCUGUUGUUUGGAGGCUUCUGCACUGAAUUCAUUAAUGUCUUCUGCACCCCGGCUUUGGAGCUCCGGACUUAAAUGCGCGCGUACACUACGGUCGACAAAGACAGCCAUAGGGACGGCCUCCGUGAGGUCUUCGCUUUUCCUCCAAACCUACCCUCUUGACUUUAGUUACGCGCCGUUGUGCGCUCUCACUCGCCGUCGCGGCUAUGGCCUGCAGUCUAAACUGUCCAAGGUGAUUGAAGACACCUUUCGUCUUCAGUUUUCCUUGCUCUUUGGUCCCCGCGGUCUGUGCCCCCAGAAAUAGUGGGUUGUUCGCCUGAUCAAAGGGAGGUCGGAUCAGACCGGUGAAAGGGGGGUGGGAAGCGUAGAUUCAGGGGUCAACUGUGCACUAGGGUCACCUGCAUAGGAAGGUUCAAUUCAUUCAUUCUUGUCUGUGUUCUAAACGACAUCCUUGCACCCUUCAUAGUGAAGGGUACAACGUGCCAUUUGGGAUACAUGCUCUGUAAAGAUUCACAUUCCUAAAACCGUUUAAUUUUAUCUCCUACUGUUUCAUCAUUUUUCUUGUACAAGACCAUCCAGGGGAAAAUAAUUAUGUAUGCUGAUUGGAAUGUGUUCAGUUCAUUAUAUCAAGUUUGUUUUUGGUUUUUAAAAUUUUAAGGUAUUGCCUUUAAUUUAAUGCUGUGUUUGUGCUUCAACAUUAUUUUAUUGCUCUUUGUGAUGAAUGUGGAGCUGACUGUGAUGUUACAGUAUAUAUAUAAAAAAAAUCUCUAUAUAUAUAUAAAUAUGUUGGUAUGUAUUAAUAUUUAACAUGUUUUCAUCCUGUGGACUAUUGCAUAGUUCCUGUAACAAAUACAUUGACCAUACCUGUUCUAAUCCCUCUUGGUGAUAUGAAUAAAUAGAAUUUCUGUAACAGCU